AUGCCGCGCGACGCGGUCAUCGCAAAGUUUUCCGAGCACUUGCACGCGAACGACGAGAUGAUGAAGCGCCUGCCAGAGUUCGGUGGCAAGCGCUUGGUGUGCCAUUGUGCGACCUCGUGUAGGUGUCACGCCGACGUGCUGAUAGAGGCGUAUUCAGCUUGGGCGGACAGCGUCGGCGGCGUGGAGAGCGGUGGAGGCAACAGACACCACUCGGACGUGCCCAUCAUCAAAGUGGAUCUUGCGACAGGGCCUGGUCGCGAGACGCUCCACCGCCUCCUCGGCGACCCCGACGUCGAGGCCGUGUGGUUUGCGCCGCCAGGCGAAACUUUCUGCCGAGCCAGGGAGAAACCGAUCCCUGCGCAGCUCCAGCAGGGGGCCGGCCCUGCCCCGCGACCGCUCCGCGACGGCCAGAACCCGCUUGGCACCCCUCGUCUAUCUGCAGCGGAGGCCGCUAAGGUUUCGAAUGAGAACCAGCUUGCGGAGGUGACAGCCGAAUCCGCCGCGAACUUGCAUGGGGACGGCAACUUGCGGGCCAUUGAGAGCCCAGCCAACAGUUGGAUCUGGAAGCACCCAGCUCUGGAAAGACUAGCUGCGCUUCCCGGCGUUUACGACGUCAUCUUCCAGCAGUGCAUGUACGGCGGCGCUCGUGACAAAAGGGCCAAGCUGCUCACCAGUUCAAGGUGGCUGGCCGACGCCAUGUGUUUACUCUGCGACAAAAGUCACAAGCACAGCUCAUGGGGCGCGUGCUUCCGCGACCGUUGGGGCACGUCGUCCGCCGCGGAGUGCGAGUACCCCGAGACCAUGUGCACCAUCGCCGCAGACGCCUUUGACGAGGACUUGAGUCAUUUGGCCGACGCGUACACGGCGGCGCAGAAAGUCAAGGAUAAGUCCAAAGGCGGGGAGCAUCAUGUCAGCUUGGGCCAGGAUGCAGCCUCACCAUGGGUGGCGGUGGGCCGACAGAGGUCCAAGCUCGGCCACAACGCUGUCCCAGAAUUCAAAACGGUCAUCCCUGCAAGAGAGCUCACAGUGGACGAUGUAACCAUGUGCAAGCCCAUAGGCCAUGCAGUGCAGCUCCACGAUGGCACCGUCGUUCCCGCUGGGGCCAUUCCCUUCCGUUCAGCGGAUCCCGAAGCGGGGGGGUGUGGCGGGCUGAACUUCGGCGUGCCCUGGGCGCCCCAGGAGUUCCUGGACCUCGCCUUGCUCGCAAAACACCCGUUCGACGCGCCUCCAGCAGUCGACGACAACGUCGCCAAGGCCGUCUUCGACCUCCUGACCACACCAUUGGGCGACAUUAGAGCUAAGCUUGAGUCAGCAAAGGAACACUGGAACAAGCAAGCAGCAUCUCUCCUAGGUGCCGAGCGUCGCCUUCACGAGGAGAUGCAUCCCAGGGUGAAGAGCGUGUUGAACGGUAAGAAUGUGCUGGUCUUCAAGAAGAUGCUCCUGUCCGCGGGCCACGUCGACGCGGGCGUCGCGAACGACAUGGCGGCUGGCUUCAAGAUCGUAGGGGACUUCGUCUGCUGCGGGGCGUUUCCACACAAGCCUUCGGACAAGGUGGAGGAGGGUCGGCCGAAGCGGUGGCUCUGGGAGCAGGCGCCGGCGGUCCGGGCCUCCCUCGAGGCGGCGGCCGCGAGCCAGCACCGCGCCGCCGAUAGCAGUAUCGACGCAGAGGUCCUGAAGAAGACGCGCGCCGAGGUGCAGAGGGGUCUCGCCAGUGGGCCGUUCUCUCCCCAUCAGCUGGAUGAGAUUCUGGGGCCCCGGUGGGUCCCGAGCCGCCGUUUCGGCGUGGUACAGGGUGACAAGGUGCGCCCGAUCGACGACCUCACGGCCUCCUCCGUGAACAGUGCCGCCACCAUCAGGGACAAAAUCUCGUGGGAGGGAGUCGACGGGGUGGCCUCGGUCGCCAAACUCUGGGCGCGCUUCAUGGCAGGGCCAGAAGAUAUGACCUGGACAUUGCAGUCGGGCCAAGUGUUGAGAGGGCGUCGCCAGUGGAAAGACGACACCUUGGUCGGAAAGUGCUUCGAUCUUGAGGAGGCGUACAAGCAGCUGGCUGUCGCCCCUGCCGAUUCCGACUGCGUUGUGACUGCGUGUGCGGAGCCCGGCUGUCCUGGCGAGUUGUGGUAUUUCAUCGCGCACGCCCUGCGUUUUGGAGCCCGGGUCAUCUCUGAGUGGGCGGAGGAGGCCUUCCGGGCGUGCGCUGACGCAUUGGGUUUCCGGCUGAAGGACGCCAAGGACCAUGCUUUUGACGUGCGUUUCCCCGCCCUUGGAGUGCUGUUCGACCUCAGCCAGGCGAUGGGGCGCGGCGAGCUCGUCGCGUCGAACACCACGCAGAGGAGAGAGUCCCUCACGGCCCUCGUGCAGGGCAUCCUGCGGACGCGCAGCCUUCCUUCAGCGGAGGCGGCGCGACUUGUGGGCAAGCUGCAGUUCGCAUCCUCGCAGAUCUUCGGCCGGUGCGGCGCGGCCGGUUCGUGGCACCUCCGGAGGAGAACGGACGGCAAGGCCCCGGGGACAGGCGUGGAUGGCGUGCUCGACGGAGUUUUCCGGUGGCGGUUGGAUUAUCUGUCCGCCGCGAGGCCCCGCAUCGUGCGUUUGUUCGGCGCCUUGUCCCCGCUGGUCCUGUUCACGGACGGCGCGUGCGAACUGGAAGACGGAGUGGUUCGAGGGAGUAUCGGGGCAGUGCUGGUCGACCCUGUGUCGAGGUUGGCGGAAGCCUUCGGGUGCGACGUCCCCAGCGUGUUGAUGCAACAGUUGACUCGCGAGACGGGGCAUGAACAGCUGAUCGGCCAGCUCGAGAUUUUGCCCAUGGUGGCGGCGAGAAUCAAGUGGGGCAGAAUCUUUGAGCAGCACCCGGGCAGGAGCGUGCUUGGCUUCGUUGACAACGACAGCGCCCGCUUUGGCCUGAUCAAGGGCUACAGCCCGUCGCCGGCCAGCGUGUGGCUUCUGGGCGAGCACUGGCGGGCCAAAGAGCAUGCUGGAAGCCGCGCGUAUUUCAGCCGAGUGCCGACAGCAAGAAAUUGUUCCGAUGGGCCGAGCAAGGGCAGGUUUGAUUCUCUUCCCAGCGCCUUCGGGGCCCCGGUGCGGCGAGUGUCGCCGCCGAGUUUCGCCCAGAGACUCGUGCGGAGACGGCUGAAUGCAGGGGGAGUCGGUGGGUCUCCUGAGAGCGGGAGUUUGUCGAGCACAUAUCGUGGAGACACUUGA